AGACUGCUCAGCGCCCCCGAGUCAGUACCAGUCCGCAUUCCGCAGCGUACGCACCUAUCGCUGGCAGUCGCUGCCUGAAGCUGACUUGGACUCCUUACCUUACCCUCCCUUCCCCUACGCCUCUCCCUCGCUCUCCCCACACUCACUCCUCUCUUCCCUCAUCACCACGAGCCAACACAACCUGUCUUGUGCCACUCAGACGACACGUGUAGCGUAGUUAAGGCGCCUCUUAGCCUCUGACACUCGCAGACAUUCAGCACUGGAGCCUAGUUCUUAGUCCUGGAACGUAGACAUUUGUUUACAGGGAAGCACCGGUGUACCGUAGCUGGUCCAGGUAACAUGUAGUUACCAUUAUAACACUACAAGUCUGGUUUCAGUGCAGUGUUGGUGCUUGUAAAAGGCGGGGGGUUGGUGGAGAGCAAGACAGGUGGAACUGUGAUAAACAUACGCCAGAUAACGUUUGUCACCUCAACUCGACCCUGACAAUGAACUUUACAAUCACAAACUGCUUGAUAUGUGCCAGGUGUACUUUGAAGAAAAUGCUAGUAACUUGGUAAAGCAGUAUGGAGGGAGUGGAAGAGAGAGAGAGAGCAUGAUAUGUGACAUUGCGAAGAGCCUACACAUAUACCCAUCACCACUAAUAUCUCUGCCAGUGACCCCAGCAGGAAGCAGUCAACACGAAGGAUCAGGAAUGCCGACGUCAUGAAGGAGAACACGACGACCUGGAAAAGCAAUCAUCAUUGACUGAAGUGUGAGAGACGACGCCGCCAGCAGCAGCAGCAAGUAGCACUCACCACAACUCUGAAUUAGGUAGAAAACAAAGAGAACCCAGACAAAAUACUUAAUGUGAUUGUAGCACUACAGAUAUUCAGAGGCUUCAUAGUCGAAAAGAAGUUCCUACAUUCAAUAAAUAAUGCUAGAGUUAUUUAUAUAGUGUGGUGGAGCUCAUUAGAUAACGCUAGAGCUCAAUAGAUAACGCUAGAGAUCAAUAUAUAACGCUAGUGCUCAAUAGAUAACGCUAGAGCUUAAUAAAUAACGCUAGAGCUUAAUAAAUAACGCUAGAGCUUAAUAGAUAAAGCUAGAGCUCAAUAGAUAAAGCUAGAGCUCAAUAGAUAAAGCUAGAGCUCAAUAGAUAACACUAGAGCUCAAUAGAUAACGCUAGAACUCGGUAGACAAGGUUAAGCCUAUACCACAAUGGAAGUCACUUGUCCAUUACAAGAGAAAGUGCGGAACAGAGAAUGCUUUUGCCCAUAUAUAAUACCAUAGAAUUCAACAGAAACCGUCAGAAAUCUUUACAAAAAUACCAUAGACACAGAGGUAAUUAGCGAAUGACAAACUUAACUGGAAAUACAAUCAAUAUAAAAACGAAUUGUAUACUGGAAAGCACCAUAGAUCUCUGAAAAAACUGAGAUUCUGGAAUUAACUGUAAAUAUAGGAAAAGCGCCAACAUUCUAAUUACUUUUUCGCAAUCGACAACAAUCACUGGAAACCAAACUAUGUAACUCUAAAAUCCAUUAGUAGUAUCUAUUAACCAAAAUACAGACCUAAAGCAAAGAAACCCAACUCGAAAACGUUAGAAACUCGUUAGCGGAGGACAGAGACUUAUCAGCUGCCACCAGUAGCGAGUUAGCGGAGGACAGAAACCCAUCAACUGCCACCAGUAGCGAGUUAGCGGAGGAUAGAAACCCAUCAACUGCCACCAGUAGCGAGUUAGCGGAGGACAGAAACCCAUCAGCUGCCACCAGUAGCGAGUUAGCGGAGGACAGAAACCCAUCAGCUGCCACCAGUAGCGAGUUAGCGGAGGACAGAAACCCAUCAGCUGCCACCAGUAGCGAGUUAGCGGAGGACAGAACCAGUAGCGAGAAUCCCAAAGCGUCCUGCGCCCUUGCGAUGCUGUCCACCCCCACCACCGAGGUCCCAGGGAUCAUGGAGCCAACGGCACAGUCCCUCAUGGCUCCCACAUGUUCCAACAUGACGUGUAGUGGAGGUAUAAACUGCACUGAAAAUAACCCCGGAGCAACCAUACUGUCCCCCAUACUCCUGAGCAUGACAGGAGUGACAGGACAGGUGUGGGCUCUGUGUUACCUAUACGGCAGCAGCGCCAGGCGACACAACGCCCGCACAGUGUUCUAUGUCUUCCUCUGCACGCUCAUCUGGACAGACUUCCUGGGCAAGAUGCUCACGACGCCUCUCGCUAUCAUCUCCUACGCUGUUGGUCGCUGGGUGGGCGGGAAGGCGAUGUGUGACUACCACGGCUUCACUAUGGUGCUCUUCAGUCUGCUCACACACUUCACCGUCUCCACCAUGGCCAUCGAGAGGUUCCUGGGCAUCUGUCAGGGAUACUUCUACAGUCGCAACGUCACCCCUUCACGCUGUAGGUAUCUGAUGAUCUGCAUCUGGGGGUCGUGCAUGGUGUUCAGUCUGCUGCCGCUCUUCGACGUGGGGGAGCUGUACCUGCAGUACCCAGGCACCUGGUGCUUCGCCAACAUUCACCUGUGUCCGGACUCCACGCCCCUCCGUCACCGCCUCUACACCAUCGCCCUCGGGGUCAUCAACAUCACCAACCUCCUCAUCAUUGUCUCCUGCAACGUCGUCGUCGUUGGAACACUGCUGAGGAUGAGGCUGUCUCGCCAGCUGCCGGCCAGACUGUGUCAGCCCCACCGCUCCAGGAAGCACAGUGAUCACGAGCUGCAGAUGGUGGUGCUGUUGGUGGUGAUCACCUGCGUCUUCGUUACGUCGUGGGCGCCCCUGGACAUUAUCAUCGUGUCCAACCAGCUGUGGAAGCCCCACCUGAAUACAAAAGAUCACAUCCACGAGCUGAUCGCCGUUCGCUUGGCUUCCAUCAACCAGAUCGUUGACCCUUGGGUGUACAUCAUCUGUCGAGUGGUCUUCAGGUCACGCGUGUGGAAGUGCUGUCGUCUGGCCCUAGUGGGCCGCGGGUGGUCCAAGAGGUUUGGGGAGAGGAACUCUGCAUCCUUCAACUUCGCCUCCUUCCUCCAGGCCCGUAAGCUCUCCCGCAACCAUAGUCCCCCCAGGGAUGACCAGCCAUCACUCAGGAAAGGGAGUGGUGAGCAGGUGGAGGAAGAAGGUACCUCCAGACUCCACCCCACCAAGACCACCAGAGUCCCAUCCCUCCAGCGGUCCUACUACAGCGACUCUGGCACCGGGUCCUUCUCAGGAGUGGAGGUCCCCCUCAUCGAGAGCCCCGGGAGACACUCCUUGAGCCCUGACAUCCCCCUGCACGGACGGAAGGCCACCACGCUGCAACAUUCCCUGGCCAAGAGUCUCUCCGUGGUCAUCCCUAUCCCACUCUUCACCAGCGAGCAGUAUAGGGUGGCGGGUGGCGGCGGCAGGGAGGCCCCGGGGACCUCGCGGGACACCAAUCAUGGCUACGACAUCCUGGAGAACGGAGACACUAAGGGAGUCCUGCAGGUUAUCUCACGGCCGGUGCAUCGCGUUGCGUCCUCCCCAACCACGCAGGAUCACGCUGCGUCACCAUUCCUAGCCAUCCAAGGUAACGACGUGGGAAACGGCGUGCUGAGGAGCAACUCGUGGAGCUGCAGGAGUGAACAGCCUGCUUGGCCGCAGUACCGGACGCAGAGUACGCAGACUCUCUCGCUUCACCACUACCUGACGGACGACUUCAUGCAGGAACCCUCGUCAGUCCCCAAGAUGCAGGGCCUCUCCGUCAGCGGCAACCUACAGUCUGCCUCAGAUAUUCCUCCCUCACAGACAUCAGUCAAGGACUGCACCUUACCAGACUCCAUUACCUACCCUUCCCUUCCCCCUCCCCCAUACACCAAGGCAAGGGACGCAAGGGUCUAAGUGCUCUCUCCA